AUGACUUUACUCAGCCAAAUUGCAUCUUCACCUUCGGACACGAUCAUCCCAUUCCAUUUUUGGGACGAUGUCCCUCAUAACAGAGCAUUAUGCAUAAAUAUCACACUUCGGUUCGACAAAGAGCUUGAUCCAGAGAGACUUCGCAGUUCUCUGAGCCGCCUACUGGAGAUAGACAACUGGCGAAAACUCGGAGCUCGUGUACGACUGGACAACUUCGGAAAAUUGGUCUAUCAACUCCCACCAAAAUUCACUGAAGACCGACCAGGCUUCAUAUUCACUACCGAGGAACAUGACAGCAGUAUAAAAGCCCAUCCUCUAGCAUCACAGAUGCCCUCUUCAGCACAAUUAGACAAGACAGCCAAAAUUAAAAUCCUAGAUGGCAUGGCCAAAUACUCCCCUCUCGUCCGCCACAAAACAGCUCCAACCAGCAUAGCAGAUUGGCUAGAAACGGACAUCCCGCAGCUGGUCAUCCAUACAGUCCUCUUCAAUGAUGCAACGCUCCUCACUUUAACCUUCCAGCACACUCUCAUGGAUGCAAUGGGCCUAUCUUCAUUCCUGCAUGCAUGGACGGCGGUACUAUCAAACCGCGAAGAAGACAUCCCCCCGUUCCUCGGGUUCGAUGAAGAUCUCAUAGAAUUACAUACUGAAGCCGUGUCCGAAAAGCCAGCACUCGUGGGAAUUAUAUUCGGACAGAUUUUGCUUCUGCAGUUUGCUCUGGUGGGGUGGUGGGAGAAGUUCUGGUUUCCGCGCGUCAAGGAUAAAGUCCUGUUGAUUUCCGGGGGAUAUGUGCACGAGUUGAGAGAGAGGAUGCUACAGGAGAUAGAUGAAGAUGACAAGGCCAACGUAAAUAUGAACAUCCAAAGUGACGAGCAGGUCAAAGCCCAAGACCGUCAUCCGCCAUUCGUCAGCGAAAGCGACGUCCUCCUCGCGUUGAUAUCCACACUGCUCGUCACAGCACAGAAUCCCAGCCGGCACACUCCAGUCCAGAUUUCGAAUAUCUUCGAUAUUCGCUCUACGCUUGGUCUCCCGUCUCCGGGCGUGUACAUCGGGAACGCGAUAAUGCCAUCGUGUGCUGAGUUCCGGGCGCACGAGUUUGGAGAUUCAUAUAAUGGCACGGGGUUCGAGUGCCGGUUAGGCUCUGUUGCAUUGAAGAUCCGCUCUGCGCUAGAGACGCAGCGGACGAAGGAGCAGGUUCUCGCACGUACAGCGUUGCGGAAAAAGGCGCUCGGCGAGAUGGGGUGUCUGCCGCUUGUUAGCCAUCCUAGACAGCUUGGUAUUUGCUGUACCAAUUGGCAGAGGGCUGGGUUCUUUGGGGUUGAUUUUGGGAGCAUAGUUGUUGGAGGUCAGGCUGGGGAGGAAUAUCAACCUUGUAGGCCUUCUUAUGUUAAUACGGCGGGAUCAGGACCGUUCACUGGGAAUGGGCCGCGGAAUAUGGUGGUUGUAACUGGGAAGGAUAGCAUUGGGAACUGGUGGGUGCAUAUUAUUGCGAGAGAGGAGGUUUGGGGACAAAUUGAGGGGUGGACAAGAGAGCAGGAUGUGCACUACAAAUAA